AUGGCUUUGUCAGUAGACUCUGCGGUGUAUCAGCCUUGGUGGCCGGUUGAAGAGGCCAUCCAGGCUCAGCUGGAAUCCACACCUCUGUUGUCAUCUGAGAAACAAAGGCAGAAAUACGACUUGCAUAAAUGGAGGGUUGUAUUUCCCAGAAAUGACGGAUUUCAAAAGGAUUUGGGGAGAGUUUCUCGAGUUUAUUCUGGAAAUAGGAUACAGACCACAAAGUACACUAUUCUGAGCUUUUUACCCCAAAAUCUCUUUGAACAGUUUCACAGGUCGGCGAAUGUCUAUUUCCUGUUCUUGGUGGCCAUCAACUGGUUCCCGCAGCUAGAGGUCUUCCACAGGGAGAUCGCCAUGUUACCUUUGGCUGUUGUGCUUCUAGUUACAGCAGUUAAGGAUGGCAUUGAAGAUUACAAGAGGUACAGAUUUGAUCAGCAGAUCAACUCUUCUACAACCAAAGCUUACAAUAGGAGCAAAAACAGCUACAUUGAGAAGCGCUGGAAAGAUGUGCAGGUGGGGGACUUUGUGCAGCUGCAGUGUAACGAGAUCAUCCCUGCCGACAUCCUGCUGCUCUACUCCUCGGAUCAGAACGGGGUCUGUCGUUUAGAGACAGCCAACCUGGAUGGCGAGACCAAUCUUAAGCAAAGGCAUGUUGUGAAAGGCUUCGCUAAUCAGAAUACUGUAUUUAAGCCAGAACUUUUCCAAAAUGUCAUCAUUUGUGAAAAACCCAACAAAGAUCUGAAUAGAUUCAAAGGAUAUAUGGAGCAGCCUGACUUCACACGGGUUGGUUUUGACAAGGAAAACCUUCUUCUUCGUGGAUGCACAGUGAGAAACACAGAGGUUGCCAUAGGGAUUGUUAUCUAUGCCGGUCAUGAAACCAAAGCCAUGCUAAAUAACAGAGGUCCUCGCUAUAAACGCAGCAGAAUAGAGCAGCGGAUGAAUGUGGAUGUAUUAUUUUCUGUGGGACUGCUAUUCAUUAUGUGUUUCGUCGGAGCCCUAGGUCAUGGCAUUUGGAAUGCGAAUCUUUUAGAAUACCCCUUGUACGUUAUCCCAGAAAAAAAUGGCACCUAUCUUGCACCAGGUCUUGCGGGUUUCUACAUGUUCCUGACAAUGAUAAUCCUCCUACAGAUUAUGAUCCCCAUCGCCCUCUAUGUAUCGAUUGAACUAGUCAAGCUGUGUCAAGUCUUCUUAAUUCACAAUGAUAUCGAUCUGUACAAUGAAGAGCAGGACUUGCCCAUCCAGUGCCGUGCGCUAAACAUCACUGAAGACCUUGGACAAAUCCAGUACAUAUUCUCUGACAAAACAGGGACACUGACAGAGAAUAAGAUGGUGUUUCGGCGGUGCACCAUUAAUGGGAAAGAAUUUUCGCAUCAAGAAAAUGCCAAAAGACUGGAAACCUACAAGGAACAUGAUUCAGAUACUGAAGACUGGGCAAAAUAUCCAAGCCUUCCUCCAAAGAAAGGCACAGAAUCAGCUACUCUGACACAGAGAGACCCUGCUAAGUCCUUGAGGAGGUCCCACAGUGCACAGGCUCGUUUUCAGGGGCACAAAAGAAAUGCAUCUCUGGGGCUUUGGGGAAACUCUCCAUCUCAUCUGGCCUUUAGCAGCACUGUGGAGAAAGAUGUGACCCCAGACAACAGGCUGUUGAAGGAAGUGAAAAACGCUUCAUGCCAGCUAGAAUCUUUGACAACGUUUAUGCUUGCAAAGACCACCUCUUCCCUCACAGACUUUUUUCUUGCUCUGACCCUCUGCAACACUGUUUUGGUCUCCACAGCAACUGAUCCAAGAGAAAGGGUUACCACUCCAUCAAUGAUGAAGCCGGCAGGAUUCUCCCUGGAGAAAAUUCACCAGAUGUUCCAGUGGCUAAAGCAGGCAAGCGUCAGCCAAUCUUUUUCCCCAGCUCUGUCAAGCUCAGACAGUUUUAACACAGAAAGCACCCAAGUCUGUGCCAGUUCCGGAACAAAAGAGGGUUUUCCUACCCAAAGCUGUUCUACCUUAAGUGAUGAGGAUAUUUUUCAAAGGGACUCCCUCAGUGGGAAUGACACCAGUGCGGACUGUGAUCCUGCUGCAGCCGAGACCUGUGGGGCACUUAACCAAGAUGCUUUGCAGCCAGAAUGUUGUUACCAGGCCGAAAGCCCCGAUGAAGCAGCCCUUGUCCAUGCAGCCUUGGCUUAUGGGUUUAUGUUAGUGUCCAAGACUUCUGAACAAGCCACUGUCCGGUUGCCAGAAGGGAUUGUCCUGACCUUUGACCUCUUGUUCACCUUGGGAUUUGACUCAAACAGGAAAAGAAUGUCAGUGGUGGUCAGGCAUCCCCUCACCGGUGAGAUAAUCCUCUACACCAAAGGGGCUGACUCCGUCAUAAUGGACUUAUUAGAAGACCCUGCCCAAGCUAGUGUUGCAACAGAAAAGAAGAUAAAGAAGAUAAGAAUUCAAACCCAAAAGCAUUUAGAUAUGUAUGCACAAGAUGGCCUGAGAACCUUGUGCAUAGCUAAGAAGGUCUUGAGUGAAGAUGACUUUCAAAAAUGGGUCAACUUUCGUCGUGAAGCAGAAACAGCAAUUGACAACAGAGAGGAGCUAUUAAUGGAGACAGCCCAACAUCUGGAGACUGAACUCACCUUACUAGGAGCAACUGGGAUUGAAGAUCGAUUGCAAGAUGGAGUGCCUGACACCAUUGCAGCCUUCAGAGAGGCUGGGAUCCAGAUCUGGGUGCUGACGGGUGAUAAGCAGGAAACCGCCAUCAAUAUUGCCCAUUCUUGCAAGCUUCUAGACCAAAGAGACACUGUCUUUACCAUCAAUACUGAAAGCAAGGAAACGUGUGAAUCACUGCUGGAUAUCAUGCUGGAAGAAGCAAAAAAGGAUCAAGUCAAUGAAAAAUCAGUGUGCACUUUUUUUGGCAUUCGGCUGCCCUUCUCUGCAUCAGCCCCUUUAACUCCCAAACCCACGAUUGGUCUGGUGGUUGAUGGAAGAACCCUGAAUACAAUUUUUCAGGGACAGCUUGAGCAUAAGUUUCUCGAGCUAACCCAGCAUAGCCGCUCGGUCCUGUGCUGCCGGUGCACUCCCUUGCAGAAAGGCAUGGUCGUCAAACUUGUACGGAGCCAGCUGGGACACCUGGCCCUGGCAGUAGGUGACGGUGCAAAUGAUGUAAGUAUGAUUCAGGCAGCUGAUAUUGGAAUUGGCCUUUCUGGACAAGAAGGUAUGCAGGCUGUCAUGGCCAGUGAUUUUGCCAUAACUCAGUUUAAGCACCUCAAGAAGCUGCUUCUAGUCCACGGCCACUGGUGCUACUCUCGCUUGGGGAAAAUGGUGCUAUAUUUUUUCUAUAAAAAUGUGGCCUAUGUCAAUUUGCUCUUCUGGUACCAGUUCUUCUGUGCUUUCUCGGGAGCCUCCAUGAUGGACUACUGGCAACUGAUCUUCUUCAACAUGUUUUUUACUUCAGUACCACCACUAGUUUCAGGAGUCUUAGACAGGGACGUUUCUGCAGAAACUCUAUUAAACUUGCCUGAACUUUACAAGAGUGGACAAAAUUCAGAGAUUUACAAGCCUCUUACAUUUUACAUUGCCAUUUUGGAUGCCUUUUACCAGAGCCUUGUCUGCUUCUUUGUGCCUUACCUAGCAUAUUAUGAUUCUGACAUUGAUGUUUUCACCUUUGGAACAACGAUCAAUACUGUUGCACUCUUUACUAUUCUAUUUCACCAGGCUUUAGAAAUUCAGACAUGGACUGUGUUCCAUGGAAUCGUAAUGAUUAUGAGCAUCCUACUCUACUUCAUUUUCUUGGCAAUCUACAGUGCUGCCUGUGUUGUUUGCAACCCUCCUUCCAAUCCCUAUUGGAUUACGCAGAGGGAAUUCUCCACGCCAACGUUUUAUCUCAUAUCCAUCAUUACUCCAGUCACAGCACUUCUCCCAAGGUAUCUUUUCUUGGCCCUGCAAGGAACCCUCAUUGCAUCUCCCAUUGUGAAAGCACAACACCUCGAUAAGCUCCCCAGAAAUCAGUGCAACUGGGAAAUACAGAAACGGAAACUGAGAGAACAAGGCACAGUAGCCCAUGGUGUGGAGCCCAACCAAACUAUUGGAAAUACGGAUGUGACACUGACUAAUUAUGCAUCAGCAGAACUUGUAAUUUCUGAGAACAAUGUACAUCAGGGGCUCAGCCAUCCAGAACAGGAGAAAGAAUGGAUAUUGAACGAAGAAGGUGAUGGCUACGUGAAAAGAUGGGCCCAGGAAGCAGCUGCUUCCAGGAUCUUAUCAGUGGCAACCUCUCCUGGGCAAGGUGCAGCUACAAAGCCCUUGUCUGGCCUCCUGUCCAACAAUACUGGGAGUUCUAUUGGAAAAAGUCACCGGAGGUCUAUAAGUGCCAUGACUCUAUGAAAGAGUUUUUGACUAACAAAGGGAAAGAAAAGAAAGAAUUGGAAGUGCCUCUUUGCACAUCCUCGGCUGUCUACAUGUUAGCUGAGGGAAAAAAAUAUAUUUAUAUUAAAUAGCAGUGCCUUCUGGAAAGAGGAACCUAAGUUACAAUUUUCACCAGCUACUGGGGCAGCAUAUUUUUCUCUACAAUGUGACAUACCUUGGGUGUAUUGAAGUUUUCUUAUUUGUGAGAAAGAUGUUGGAAACAGCUUGGAAAAACAUUAGACAAGAAUUCCCUCAUCCAUGUGAAAUGUACAAUUUGCUUGGAAACCAGCUCUUUAUCUGACACCUGAGGAGGACUGUAUUGUUUUUCCAGGCAUGAGUCACUGAUGAUUCUGAUCAUAAUCAUGCUGGUUAUCAUCUGGAGCCUUAUGUCAAGAUGGCAGAUAAAUAAUCACAUAGUUUUCUGCUGUACAAUUCUGAUCAAUUUGUUUGUAUUGUUCUAUAAAUCUUUGCUAGGAAAUUCUUCAGAUUGUAACAUCUCACUGUAAAAUGAAUGUGUAUUUAGGGUGCAAUCCCAUUUGUGUCUUCUCAGAAAUAAUCCUCACCCAUUUUAAUGGGACUUACUAGCAGAUAAAUGUUUAUAGACUUGCAGCCUUAAAUACCAAUAUGUAGUAAGCUAUUGCACUAAACUUGGCCAUUGUGCAAGUUAGCAUCCAAAACUGUUUCAAGGCACGGUCUUACACAUGCUGAGGCAGAGAAGGGGCCUAGAAUCCCCAACAUGCCCCAGCCCCAGUUGAAGUCCCAUCACUGGAGUCCCCAGAACUUACUUAGAAGUAAGGUCCACUGAUUUCAAAGGAAUGAUCUUCAAGAAGAUAAGUGUAAGAUCAGGGAACAAGGUUGCAACCCACCCACCUUCCAUUAAACAACAAUGCUUGGAUUCGUUUAAAGUAGGGGUGGAGAAUGUGUAGCUCUCCAUAUGCUGCUGGACUACACCUCCCAU